UUGUUUCAGUAUUAAGCUAUUGAUAACAUCACUGACGAUAUUCAAUGUGUACUAAGCUAUUGAGUAGCUAUUCAAUUAUUACCUAUCGAUCAUUGAUCAUCAGUGUCAUUGUCCACUAAUCCAAUGUGGUGUAAGCUAUUGAGUAGCUGUUAUCAUUGCACAAGUGAUUAGGAAACUAAUAUCAUUGUAUUGAGCUAUUGAGUAGCUUAUAUCUUUCCCUCAAACUUUUGAGGAGCCAUUAUCAUUGUAUAAGCUAGCUAUUGAGUGGUAAUCAUUAGUUGAGAAUCCACUUUUAUGAAGCUACUUGUGCUGACGCUGCGGACAAUAAUUGAUUAUUACAACAAUUUUCAAGAUAUGUCAUUUAUGAAAACCCUUUUAAAGGAUCAGUAAUUAACGAUGUGAUCAGUUAGAGCUGUUAGGUGUUACUUCUUACUGUGUGCUACUGUGGAAAUAAAAGUCAUUGACUUAAAAAAAUUCUCUUUCGUCGUCAUUUCUCUAUUCGGCAAAAGAUCGAUCGCCAGCAAGAUUCUGUCUUCGUUCUCUGUCAAAUGUGAGAUUUUGAUCAAAACAUUUGAAAACAUUGCAUUGCCCGCCACAAAAACACUGAAGUUUAUAAUUCGAUAGUCGCGCAUUUGUGAGUGGCACCACGUGAAACAAGGCAUUUUACCGAGAACCCUGAACAUAUUUCUAAGCACUUGACUUUAUUAACUUGAUCAAACUCCUCUUAACAAACAUGUAAUUUCAGUCGCACAGUACAAUUUACAGUGCAGCGCGCCUUAACGUAGGCUCGAUUUCCCGCCGUUUUGGGAGUGCGGUUGUUUAUCCUCCUCCCAACGAGGAGUGGUGCGGGGCAAGGAACGCGGGCUCACUAAACGGCUGGAAAUCGAGCCUAGCCUUAGCUUAGCCUGUGGCCAGUUAACAAAUUUUCCUACAAGUUAGUCAAUCAGGAUGCACGAUAAAGGGGUUUGUUCAGUGGAACACCAAGACUUGGCCCAUGCUGUUAGCUGAAGUGGCCGAAAAAAUUGCGUUUUCAGUCUGUUCCAAAACGAGUGUUUGGUCGAUUCGUCGAAAUUCCUUGUAAUCAGGAGCUCUGCUUGUAAUGGAUCCUUUUCGCCAGGGCCUUUCUGGGGACAUACUUGCAAGAGCCUAUAAUGGGUCCAAAACCUGAACAAAGGAGUUUCGAAGACCAUCCCGUACGGAGACUAGUCUUUUACACUUUCCCCUUCUUGCGAGGAACAUUAUGAGAGGGAGGGAGGGCUAUGUGAGAGUUAAGACCUGACAUUUUUUGAGUUCGAUAAGGAGAAGGAAUGAAACUUUUUCAACCCCUCGGGCGUUUUAUUUUCACCCCACGUCACGCUCUUAGAUCUACAACUACGUGCUAACAACAAGACGUUUUCAACUUUUAUUGGAAGAAAUGAUUCAGAGAUUUUAAAAAGUGUUACUACCCUUCCCAUUAGACCGCGACAACCACGAUUUGCCGCCUUCAGAGUAAUUUUUUUGAUGUCACGAGCCUUUUUCAAACCAAUCACGUGAUAUAUCUAAAACAAACUGAUUGGUUUAAACCAAACAAGCGACAUAAAACGAUACUCUGAAAGCGGAAAAAAAAUUCGCGGGCGUGGUGGUCUACUGGGAGGAGUAUAUAGUACAGUAUGGGGAUAAGCCUCGCGUAAGUUCUUUCAAAGCCAUAACCUAUAACAACCUGCUAUCAGACUCUCAGUCUCUUCCGCAAAAAAAUAGGCAAAGGGAUCGUCGUAAAAGCUCUAUUCAACCCAGAAAGGCGGCCAUUAAGUUAGACGAUACAAUACACUGCUUAGCAUGACCACUGGCUGACUCGACUAUUAGCAAACUGAUAAUCUGAGAGGCUAGAUAGAGCCAUCAAGAAGCACGUGAACAAAGGACCACGCGAAUUUAGUUGAAACACUUGCAAAUGUUUCAAAUUACGAUCAUAGCAACUAGUAAAAACUUGUCAACACUCCCAGCUUUCCCCCUUUCCAAUGUGGAAAAUUGUGUGUCAAUUCAGGAGUGUUUGUCACCGGGGUGAUGAUUUCAAAUUAGGUAACUCAGGGAUAACUUCGCCCAAACUUUGUCCGAGCACUGUGCAUUUGCUGCUUACUAAACGGACUGUUCAUAAUUGGUUGUAAUCGUCCGUCGCGGCGUCAUCUUCUACUUUCUAUUUUAGAGGAAAUUUCGGUUUUAAGCUUUUUUCUAUUAAAAUAACACUCAAUGAGGUAUAUUUCUGCCAAAGCAGUCACGACACACGUCAAACUGUCAAAAAAACAAUGCCUUUUUUAUAAAUGUACUUGGAAUUGUUCAAAAUGCACUCUUCUUGGCCAAUUUAUAUUCUAAAAGUAACUUUUGGGAUCAUAAGACACGAUUUCAUCAGUUUGCCAACAGUUUAUGUGUUAUGACGUCAUUUUGACGUAAAACGUACGUCUUUGAAUCAUUCUAUUUUAAACGGCAACUAUAGAAGACAUCAUUAUAUUAUAAUCGCACUCGUCCAGACUAGAUAAAAUGUCUUUGCCGUCAACAUUCGUUUUCAUGACAACAAUGAAAACGGUCUGAAUUAAGCAGUCUAUUGCUGAGCUCUUUUAAAUCUAAAUAUGCUUCUGGCCAAUUAGUAACAAAAGGCAUUUUGACUAUUUUAAAAGUACAGUUCACCCCCGCUAUUUCGAAAUCUCAGGGGAAACGAAAACUUGUCGUUCGAAAUAGUCGAUAGUAAAUGACAUAUUAAAGCAAAUCCAAAGGGAAAAGGUAUGUGUUCGAAUAAAACGGAGAAUUCAAAAAAACCGAGUUCGAAUUAGCGGUGUCCAACUAGAUGCGCUGCAUGGUUUCAAUGCCACUUUACUUUUAAAACGGAAAAGAAAAACACUCAAAAUGUCCGGCAGUCAGAAGCGGAAAAAAUGCUUGUUUGGUAUGAAUUUCCGAAGUAAAGUGUCCCAUCCAAUAUUGCUAAGAAUUACUCAUAGCUUAGUAAACGACACUUGUGCUCAGUUCUGAACCACACGGUGAAUAACUCAUAGGCAUAACAAUAAAGUAACUCAUGUAAGCUCGCUUUAAAAAGGAUUCGUGCUUACUUCAUUGACUCAGCAAGUUGAAAAGUGUGCUAAGAGGUCUUCGGUACUCGUGGGAAAGAUUGAAAAUAUAACAAACGGUAUUUGGCGUGCAAUUAGGAUAAACUAAAUCUCAUAAAGCAGAAUAAAUGGCCCCCAGUCAAGAGUAGUCAUAUUUCCAGCUGAAACAAACAAAAGAUGACGAAAAAAGAAAAACCGUCGUUGAUCUCUCUCCACUUCUCAUUGAAAACUCUUGAAACCCGCCAACUCGAUGACGUAAAACGCUAACCUCGAUGCCCUGACACACAAUUUGGGAAGCAAGAAUUUCCAAACAAAAGAGCGUAGGAGACUGAUCAAAUCACAGCUGGAAUUAAUAAGGCAAUAAUCGGCCUAACAUUUGAACCGUAUAAUUAUCAAUGGCCUUCAUGGGCAUAGAGCGAUACAAAGUCCUUGAUGCGAAUUUAAUAAUUUUGUUUGAAAUCGCCUUGGGCGUCAAAACAGUCAAAAGGAACUUGUUUCCGAGUGACCCUGUCACAAAAGAAAACCGCCCUUUGCGGAGAAAAAGAAUUCCAUUCUUAGUGGUUUGCCAUCUCUGAUCACAAAACGUAACAUCGUGUAUUGUUUUUAAACAGAGUGUGUGACGUUCAAGUGUCUUAUGCUAAUAACUUGGAUAUCUGGCAUACUUCUCACACAAACCGAAUGUAUCGACUAAGCGAAUUGUAAUGCAAACGAUUCCGCUCAACGCGACAGUGAUUUUCGACGGCUUGUCAAAAUGUCUAUCGCUUUGUUUCGUUGGUUAACAACGCAGAGAAAAAGACGUCAGGAGACAAACUGCUGCUUGGUGUACUGAAUCGAAUCACUAUGGGAGAGAGAACACCACGACGGAACAACAAUAUCGUGUUAUCCGCACAACAGCUCGACCAUAACGCGAGCAAAGCUCGUAACCUUAACAAGAGAGCGGGCAAUCGCUUGAGGCUCCGAAAGGGCAGCAUUGAUGGACACCAAUCCACUAAUCUGCACUCGCUUAACUACGAGAUGCGUCGCCUUAAGCACGAGUUGAGAGAGAUCACGCAAACGUCGGGCACCUUAGAAAACAGCGAAACAAUAACAGAGCGAACAAUGCCGGGCAAAGCAGGCGCUGAUUCAACAAGAAGAAAAAAGUCCAAAAGAGUUGCGUCUUUAAAAAAUAGUGAUAACUACAACGGCUUAGGUUUAGCUGGAAAUGCGCUCACAGCUUCGAACAGCGAGACGCAGACGAUAUCGAAUGACCCUUCGCGACGAAAAAGUUUGUCGUUACCAACGCUACCCUCCAUGAGCAGCACUCUCCCGCAACUCACGUCUCGGACUGACAUUUCACGGGUAGAGGAGGACGCUACCCAAGACUCAUUCACCACGAUUACUUCGUCAAAGCCCAAGGAAAAACAGAGAAGGCAAUCACGCGGAAAGCUUAGCCUUGAUGUGUCGCCGGCCGGACAAAACCCUAGACAAUCCACCGAUAGAGGUACUGUAAACGUUUCUGUCACAAAUACAAACGGAGAAACCGAACGAUUUCGCCCGGUCUCGCAGGCCGCUCCCAAACUAGAUACUUCGCUUGCACAGGUUAAUCUCGACGCUGUCAAAGACAGGAUUCAAAAUAGACUCUCACAACCCGCAAGCACGAAUCAAUUGAUGGAUGAUGAGGAUGACGACCCUGAUAUAACACCGUACCUCCAUGUUCCCCCAGACGGCCUACCUAGAACUGUAUACCUCUUACCACCUUUGACUGAUCUCCUGCAAGAGGCAAAGAAAGCCAGGUACCUUCGCAGACCCAAGAAGCCUCUACAAGAGGUGGACAUGGACGACCCCGAGAGAGAAUUAGGAAUCGACGAAAUAUUUAGCAAAAAAGGAUAGGUGGGCAGCGCGAGGUUGCAACUUCUGCUCGGAAACUUCUGCAGAUCCAGCUGUAGUGUCUCGUACAAAUUGAUUUAUAAACGUUCACAGACAAGACAAAUUGAUAGCCGUUGUAGAUUUGAUCAAACCUUUUCGUGCUCUCCAAACGCAGUAAUGUUAAGCCUGAAUGCCACGGAUCUCUUCGAGUUUAUUUUCACGGCUGAUAUUCCUCGCCGACUUUGCGCAAACUUUGUCCAAGGUAAAUGUAUUCUUACUAGUUUUUCAAAGAGAGCUCGGGAAAAGAUCUUCUGCAAGAUCAUUAAUUUUAUUUUUAACUUUUAUUACUAUAAUGAAUAUCUCAUUUGGCUGGCGAUAAAACGGAACAGCAUUUUUCAACUAUUUUUAAUUUGUGAGACGGUCACGUCAUGUACAGAGUCCACAGUCCAAGGGAAACCGCUAGUUGUCAUCGUCGUGUCAGUUUAGUCAUUGCGACCCAAGUCGUCUGUCAAGGCAAGACAUUAAAUUGCGUGUAUGAAAAGUUGCGAAAUACAUUUUGGUCUAAACAACAAAGUAGUUCGUUUUUUUUGUUCUAAGUAAAUAUUGACCGUCUCGCGUUAUCUUGGCAGUUUACACACAGUUUCUUUAGACUCCAUUGUGAACGUGAAGAUCAUCAAUCAAAGCGUUCAUUAAAAUUCACAAACAUCAAAA